AUGAACCAAGACGCAAAGCUGAACGACUUGGUUGCCUUGUUCACCCAGAAGUUCGUGCAGCUUGGGCAGAGCCGGAACUUCACGCUGAGCACCUUGAUGGACAUGGCCUGGACGGUUUUGAUCCUGACCUGGGAGGCGGUGGUGAACGAGAAACUGCCAAUGAUGGAAGAGGUGGAGCGAGGCUUUAAAGAGAAGUACGAGGACGGCUGCGGCAAGGGUUCUUUGAGUUGUGGAUUCCUGCUCUAUGCAGGACCUGAUGAAGGCGAUGAUGGAAGUGCGCAGGCCAAUGCUGUGUUGUAG